GUGUGUGCGUUUGUGUGCACAUAUGAUGGGGAAGGGGCUGGCGGACGGGAUAGAGUGGGCUGGCGGGCGGGGUAGGGUGGAGUGCAGGGCGGAGGGCGGGGGGUUCUUCAGCAAUAUAAACGGAAGGUUCAAAUGGAUUCAGUAGGAAAGAGAGAGAGAAGGAGAGGACGCAGCUGAAAAAGGAGAGAGAGAAAUCAGCUAACACACACGGACCCACACAGGAGCCACAGGAUGACAGAUCGCAGCGACGUGUUCAGCGGGGUGGACCUGCAGUGCAGGGUGAACAACCGAGCCCACCGCACCGAGGAGAUGGAUGCGGAGCGCCUGCUGGUCCGCAGGGGACAGCCCUUCUCCCUGGUGCUGCAGUGCACCGGGGCCCCGCCCCAGCCUCCCAGACACCGGCUCGCCCUCGUCCUGCACCUCGGUAAGCAGAGUGAGGUCGUGGUGAAGGUGUCAGACUCGCGUGUUUGGGGGCGGGGCCAGUGGUGGUUCAGCCAGCAGAGGGCACAGAGUGAGCUGCUCCUGACGGUGCACAGCCCAGCGGACGCGCCUGUGGGGCUGUACAGCAUGACGGUGGUGCUGCUGUCCCCAGAUGGGCAACUCCAGCAGAAGACCCCUGUUGGGCACUUCUACCUGCUCUUUAACCCCUGGUGUAAAGGUGAUCUAGUGCACCUCCCUGAUGAGGAGCAGCUUCAGGAGUACAUUCUCAAUGAAAACGGGGUUCUGUAUCAAGGCUCCUGGGACCAUAUCCGCACACUACCCUGGAACUUUGGGCAGUUUGAAAAGGGCGUGGUGGAUAUCUGUUUUGAGAUCCUGGACAACUCCCCUGCAGCGCUGAAGAACCCGGAGAUGGACAUGGCCAAUCGCGGCGAUCCGGUUUACGUGAGCAGGACCGUGACAGCAAUGGUGAAUGCUAAUGAUGAUCGGGGUGUGGUCUCGGGUCGUUGGGACGGGGAGUAUUCGGACGGGGUGGCGCCCACGCGGUGGACGGGCAGUGUGCCCAUCCUGCGACGCUGGAGCGAGGACGGGGCCCAGAGGGUACGCUACGGCCAGUGCUGGGUGUUCUCCGGGGUGGCGUGCACAGUCCUCCGCUGUCUGGGCAUCCCCACCCGCUGUGUCACCAACUACUCCUCAGCCCACGACACGGACGGAAACCUCGCCAUCGACUACUGGUACAAUGAGCAACUGGAGAGUGUGUCCAUGGGCAGGAAGGACAUGAUAUGGAACUACCACUCCUGGGUGGAGUCAUGGAUGGAUCGCGAGGACUUGCCCAAGGGUUAUGAUGGGUGGCAGGUACUGGACCCCACGCCUCAGGAGAGAAGUGAUGAGGUGUACUGCUGCGGGCCCUGCCCGGUGCGGGCGAUAAAGGAGGGGGAGGUGGGGGUGAAGUACGACGCCACGUUCGUGUUCUCAGAGGUGAACGCGGACCUGGCCACUUGGAUUGUGCACCCAGACGGUCAGCGCUCCCAAGUCUCUGUCAACCAGAGGACCAUCGGCCGCAGCAUCAGCACCAAGAGCAUCUAUGGAGACUGGAGAGAGGACAUCACCGAUCUCUACAAAUACCCAGAGGGUUCGACGAAAGAGCGGGAGGUGUACGAGAAGGCGGGGCGGAGGGUGGCGCAGCUGGACGGGGCGGAGCAGCAGCAGCUGGAGCUGUCCAUCAGGCACGCCCAGGCGGUCCACGGCACGGACUUCGACGUGAUCGUGGAGGUGCGGAACACGGGCGAGGUGGACACGCCCGCCCGGCUCACCAUCAGCUCCAACGCCGUCACCUACAACAGCCUCCACCUGGGCGAGUGCCAGAAGAAGAGCGCCAGCCUCACGGUGCCAGCGCAGAAGGUCCUCAAGGAGGUGCUAAGGCUGCGGUAUGACCACUACGGCUCGUGUGUGUCUGAGCAUCACGUGAUCAGGGUUACUGCCCUGCUGCUGGCAAACAACCACCAUGACAUCAUCCUGCAAGAGGUCAACAUUCCUCUGAGCAUGCCCCAGCUUGUGGUGAAGGUCCUGGGAGAGGCGGUUGUGUCUCGCAAGGUGACCGCCCAUAUUGCAUUCACCAAUCCGCUGCCUGUCUCCCUCCGAGGGGGCGUGUUCACUGUGGAAGGGGCCGGACUCACCAGAGCAAAGGAAAUCCCAGCGCCAGGGGACAUUUCACCAGGUCAGGAGGUCAUGGUCAAGAUCUCCUUCAGGCCCACUCGUCCAGGCCUCCGGAAGCUUCUGGUGGACUUUGAUGCAGACCGGCUGAGGGACGUCAAGGGCAUAGCCACUGUGAUUGUCCGCAAAAAGUGAAAGGAGAAAGACCUGAAGCCACAAGGAGCCCAGACUGAGAAAAUGUGUUCAAUACAAACUGUAUAUUUGUGUUCAAUACAAACUGUAUAUUUGUAUAUCUAUAAAACUUUCCGUUGUGUACUGUAUAUCACAACCGGACUUGAGAAAUGCACUCAGUUGCUGCCAUGGAGAUUAUCCAGUUCUUAUAAAUGUGGUGUAAAAGAUCCAGAUGUGUCCAAGCCUAGCUAGAUCCCAGAUUUUGCAUUGAAUUAGUCAAAGAUUUGUCACUGUAAUAUUCUGUGAAUUCGAACCACUGUUUUUUCCUAAUUCUUUUAUUAUAUUAAUAAAAAUGUACUGCAUGAUGUA